AUGACCUUCAACGUGCUCACGACCAACGCGGUCGAACUGCGGGAACUUCUCGAAAAGAACAAGAUUACAAGCGUUCAGGUUGUGGAAAAUUACCUGGCACAAAUUGAUCGCUACGAAACUGCACUCAAUGCGCUGAUUUCGCCUGCCCCGCCUGAAAAAGUCCUCGAAAUCGCCAAGUGUCGGGAUGAGGAGCGCCAGAAGGGGCAUAUCCGGAGCCCAUUCCAUGGAAUUCCCAUAAUUUUGAAAGAUAGCUUUGUCACAGCGUCGGAGCUGGGCAUGAGUACCACGGCUGGAUCUUAUGCAUUUAUCGGAGCUAACGCGUUGAAGAAUGGAGCUAUUACCCAGCGGUUGAUUGAUGCUGGCUUGAUUAUCUUAGGAAAGGCUAAUAUGACUGAAUUUGCUGGAAUGAAAAUGACCAUGAUGAUGCCCGGUUGGUCUGCUCACGGCGGCCAGACUCUAUCGCCGUAUAUUGGGAAGAUAGAUGAUAAUGAGAAAAUACUUGGCCAUUCAGCUCCUGGAGGCUCAUCUACUGGUUCUGCAGUCGCGGUUGCCGCUGGAUUUAGCCCUCUUGCCAUGGCUACUGAGACUAUAGGUUCUAUCGUUACUCCAUCAACACGCGCUGGGCUAUAUGCCCUCAAGCAUACUACCGGCGUCCAGGAUACUACAGGCCUGUACACCAUGACAGAGUUCUUUGAUAGUCCGGGACCUAUGGCAAAAUCAGCGGCUGACGUUCAUGUCCUUUCUGAAAUUCUACUCGGUCGUCAGUUCACUUCCCCCCCAUUUGGUGCCUGGGAAGGCCUUUCUGUGGGCUUCUUGGACCCAAAAGUUUGGACCAUGUCAGCUGACCAUUGUACCCAAUUCGAGGGUACUGCGGAGCAAAUGAUAGAAGAGUACGAAGAGACGGUUUCCGCUUUACGACGCAGAGGCUGUUCUCUCAAAAGCCCUAUCCAUUGCCAUGAUCCCUCAGUCUUACCGAAUACUAUACUGCCGAUUGCAUAUUGGGAUUUUAAAAACCUUUGCAUUCCUGAAUUCAUUCGCUCGUUUCACGAGUGCUCUAUAACAAGCAUUGCAGAUAUCGUCAAUUUCAAUAGAGAAAACAGCAAAAAAGCCCUUCCAGCUCCAUUCACCGAACAAAAUGAUUUGGAAGGGGCAAUGAACACUACUGAAGAAAAGGGCUAUAUAGAUGAACUGAAACAUGGCCUUCGUAAGGCCGCGAGGGAUAUUCUGGAUGAUGUAUUUGAAAAAGAACAUGUCAACAUACUGGCAGCUCCAGGAGACUCCUCGCUAUGUGUUCAUGCUUCCGCCGCAGGCUAUCCUAUCGCCACAGUGCCAAUAGGACAACUUCGCUACAAUUCCCGGCCGUUCGGUUUAUGUCUGGUGGCCAGGGCGGACGAGGAGGAAACCCUAUUGCGGUUUAUGGGAGAGUACGAAAAGGCUGUCAAGCCUCGCCCGGUUCCGAAACUUUGA